GAUUGUCAGAUUGAACUGCAGCAAAUUGCUGCAAAAGACUGUUAAAGGUUGUAAGACAUCUCAGCGCAAAAAUGGGUCUUAUGCGGGGCCGUGCGCCCAUCAGAAGGACCAUGGAUUAUUUGAAGAAAGGAACUCUUUAUAUUAAACCGAAUUUAAAAAUUAUGAUGACAAAUGUUAUCCCAAACAACCCAGCCAGCUCUGGAUUACAAGAAUUCAUAUUCUGGCAUUUACCACAGUUACGCUACAAGAAUCCAGGGGUGCAGUUCCUGACAUUCCGAUGUAUAGCACCAACACCUUAUAUACAGUUCAUUAAUGCACAUGGCGAAUCCAUUGCAAUGGACUGCUACCAACAAAGUAAAGAAGAUGUCCAUGAUGAAUUCCUUCAGACAUUUUGUUACACAGAUAUAGAAAUGAUGACAAAGAUCCGAAACCAACAAUUAUAUGGUGUAGACAUUAAAACCAGGCGUCCAGAACUGUUUGGUCCUGAUUACAGGAGGCACUGUAUCUGUGUAGUGGCCGGGCAGGUGCCCUGUCCAGCUUACGAAAAACUCCCCAAAGAAAUGAGGGGGAAAUUCAGUCCUCUAAAUGCUAGGAAUAAAUGGCGGAAAGCUGAAGAGGAAGUGUUAGGGAGGGAGCAGGAAACAGAAGUGUGAGGGGGGAUCUACUGAA